AUGGCUACCCCUAGUGUCCUAGCUUUUGACGCUGAGGGUCGCGCCAUUGAUUUUGAGGUCUGGUUAGACGACCUGCAGCUGUUCUUACAGUGCGACAGAGCUGACGACCUUUCUCUCUUUGACCUCACCUCUGGCACCUCUCCUGCUCCUGCUGCUGAUGCUGAUCCCACUGUCCGCUCUCAGUGGGCCACCCGCGAUGCUGCUGCACGUCUUGCUGUGCGUCGCCACCUCCCUACCUCUGAGCGUGCGCACUUUAGCCAGUACAAGAGUGCUCAGACCUUGUACGACGCUGUAGUUGCGCGCUACUCCUCCCCUGCCACUGCUGCACUGAGCCGUCUCAUGCUUCCCUACCUCUUUCCUGACCUCUCUGCCUUUCCCACUGUUGCUGACCUCAUUACGCACCUCCGCACUAGUGACACUCGCUACCGCGCCGCCCUUCCUGCUGAGUUCUGCGCUAAGAACCCACCCCCCAUGUACAUCGCUCUCUACUACGUAGUCGCGCGCCUCCCUGACUCCCUUCGCGUCGUCAGGGACCACUUUCUCGCAGUCUGUCCCACCACCCUCACCGUCGACCUCCUCGAGAAGGCCCUCCUCGCAGCGGAGAAGAGCAUAGUCGCUGUAGGUGCUUCUCCUGGUGACCCUCGCACCCCCAUCUUUGAGGGGUGCUCUCCUUCCCCCUUGCUGCCCUCUGUUGCCUCUGCUGCUGCUGCCGACCUGCUUGGUCUUGAGUCGGUCGGCGCGGCGUCUGCCCCUAGUGGGAGACGUCGCUCCAGCAAGGGCAAGGGGGGCAAGGGCGCGGGUGGAGCUGGAGGGGGCGGUGGCGGUGGCGGCGGUGGCGGCGGAGGGAGUGGGGGUGGCGGCGGGACUAGUGGCGGGGGUGGUGGUGGUGGUGGCAGCAGCGGCGGAGACGGUGGUGGUGGUGUCAGCGGUGGUGGUGGAGGCAGCGGCGGAGGUGGAGGCGGCGGAGGUGGAGGCGCAGCGUAG